AUGAACUCUACUCCUUUGUUUACUAUCCUGGAAGGGUUUUGCUCACUGCUUUCGAUACAGGCUAUCGGACAAAUGUCACAAUAUCUGAUAAAGCACAAGUCCGACACCUGGUCAAUUGUCAACCUUAUCACAAGUGCGUGCAUUUUAUCUUCCUGCCUGUUCUUCUUUGUGAAAAUAUAUGUGUCUCCUAUAGAUUUGCAAAGAGUUGGACUUAUUUCCGCCUCAUUAUUAGGAUCUGCGUUCACUUGUACAAUACUGAUCACUGUUUUUGGAAUCUAUUCUGGGAAAGCAUCUCCUCUGGAGUGCUCCCUUAUGGUGGCAUAUAUUGUGAAAUGCUGCUACGAGCUGUUUCCCGAACUUUCAGAGAUGAAUUUCAAUAUGUUGCUCAAAUUUAUUAUGAACGAGUUCAAGAAUUUGGACUACCAAGCCAACUCAUUGAAUAAGGAAUUUCUCAAUUCGAUCCAGACAACAUUUAAUAACUUCAAGACAGGAAGGGAUCUUCUUGAUUACGUGCAUUUUGAGUUCUUGGCCAAGUCCACCACUAAAGAUAAACUACUGUUGGUUUACGUCAAAGUGAAAGAAUUUAUUGUGGACGUCGUGAUUAAAUUCAUUACGGAAAAUUUCCCUAAGUCAUUUGAGUCUCUUUGGGAUUUCCUCAAGAUUUCUAUUAGCAACCUCACCUUUUCGAUUCUUAUUCAGUUAGCAUACAGAAUAUGUGUGUUUUUCGCCGCAACCAAAAUCAUUCCGAUCCUUCAACCGGUUCAAAAAGGUUCCCCUCUUUCAACACCUUCUUCACCAACUCCUGCAAAAGCGAACAGACAUGAAACGAGGGCUAGAAACAAGUCAACUUCGAGUCGCUUGAUUUACCUCUACUCUCCUUGUAUCAUCAUUGCUGUUUACACGAACCUUAUGAUCCAAUAUAUUGAUGAGCUCGACACGCACAAUCACUUUUGGAACUGGCUCAAUUUUCAGUUCGGAGGUUCCAGCGCUCAAGUUCCUGAGGUUAGUAACUCAGUCCACUCGUGGCAAGUGUGGAACUGGAUAAACAUUUUUGGUGUGCUACUAUUAUAUUCUCUUGAGCUGAUGAGCCAUGACCCUGACGAUAGCUCGCUUACGGAUCACUGGAGCAUCUAA